GGCCAGAGCAGAUGAUCCAGACCAGAUACGAUAUCGGUCAAUCAGCACAGGACGCAGUGGCGAUAGAGCUUCGAAACAGAGCGGCAUCGUUUGGGGCUUGCGCCGUUGGGGCUGUCCAAUGAGCAGCGUCCUGGGUGCCCCUCUGUCUUGGCAUCCGAAGGGUCUCCCCCUCCCGCGCCGCAGUUCCCCCUGGCCCCACCGUAUUUUGCCUGGCCCCCUUGUGCGGUGCAGUGCGGUGCCACCCUCAUACCCACUUUCCCUCAGCCAGCAUCUCCCUCCCCAUUCGCCACUUCCCUCCAUAUCCAAUGCGUCUCUUCUCACGCCGUGCCAGGCGAUUCCUCGCCUUGGACUCUGCCGUCACCCUGGACGAGGCAGACAAGGUCGAAGAAGCCGCCAACAACCUGCAAUUCCUGGCCGAGGAGGCUCUGACGGCCGGGGCUGAAAUCGCAAUCCAGCAGGGCCAGGUCCAGUCGCUGAUGCGUGACGUUAUCACCAUCGUCAAGUCCAUCCCGCAUACCACCCGCCCAUGGCGAGAGUUUUUUGAGCGUACCCGAGUGACGCUUCCCCUGGGCCUGCGGAUGAUGCAGAAGGGCCAGGUUUCCAAGGGUCUGACCCGCCUCUGGCAGCGAAUCGCAAUCAACCUGGAGUACUACCAGGGCAACUAUGGCAUCAUCAUGGUCUGUGUGUUUCUGAUGGCAUGUUACAUCUACAGCUCCAUUUUGAUCCUUGGCAUACUGUGGCUGGGCGGCGUCAAGGUUGCCCGGAAGACUAUUACGACGCCGGUCCAGAUUACGUCGGAUAUCCAUCUGAGCAAGGAAAAGGCCGUCAAGCUCAUCAACAUGGCCGGAGGGCUCCUCUUUUACGCUACCUCAGGCAUGGCGUGCCUCUACGGCUUCCUGAUAUCGUCUAUAGUGAUUCUUGUCCACGCAAUAUUCCACAAGCCCACUGUCGAAGCCACCAUGACCAAUUCGGCCAGCAGGGCUGCUGGCAAGAAAUCCAUCGUCGACAUCAUCGGAUCUGUGGACGAUCUGUCGAUCUACGACGACCAAUUUCCGCCUUGGUGA